AUGGGUGACUGGGGCUUCCUGGAGAAGCUGCUGGACCAGGUCCAGGAGCACUCGACGGUGGUGGGCAAGAUCUGGCUAACGGUGCUGUUCACCUUCCGCAUCCUCAUCUUGGGCCUGACCGGGGAGUCGGUGUGGGGCGACGAGCAGACAGAUGAGUGCAACACGGCACAGCCGGGCUGCAGCAGCGUCUGCUACGACCAGGCCUUUCCCAUCUCCCACAUCCGCUACUGGGUGCUGCAGUUCCUCUUCGUCAGCACGCCCACCCUCGUCUACCUGGGCCACGUCAUUUGCCUGUCUCUGCGCGAGGAGCGACUGCGACAGAAAGAGGGGGAGCUGCGGGCCCUGGCAGCCAAGGACCCGCAGGUGGAGCGGGCGCUGGCAGCCGUGGAGCGUCAGAUGGCCAAGAUCUCGGUGGCGGAGGAUGGCCGCCUGCGCAUCCGCGGGGCGCUGAUGGGCACCUACGUGGCCAGCGUGCUGUGCAAGAGCGUGCUGGAGGCGGGCUUCCUCUAUGGCCAGUGGCGCCUCUAUGGCUGGACCAUGGCGCCCGUGUUCGUGUGCUUUUAUGCAGAAUGGGGGUAUUGGGUGUUGGGUAGAGAAGCCAAGAAAGCCAACUGGUCUAUGGUGGACAUCACUGAGUCACUGGGAGAUGGACAGAUCCAGGAGAAGAAGAAGGAAUAA